GAAAGCUCGCGGUUGCUCCCCAGCGCGCGCAAGCGGUCCUCGGCCGCUCGGUGUACCUGAGGGACGCGCGGGCGCCGGCGCCGGCUCUGCAUCCACCGCCCCAAUCCUGGAACCCGGCACCGAGGUCUAAGAUAAUCCAGUCAAAGGAAGAAAUAGCUCUUCUCCUAAGAUGGAAUCUGUAGUAUGGGAAUGUGGUUGAUGAACUUGAUAUGUUGAUCAGAUGUGCCCUAUGUAAUAAAAUGAAAAGAAGAGACAAGAUGAUGUCAUUUUCCCAGAUUGUGAAACCAACAACAAAUGCCUUUUGUGAGAUAAAGCUAACAAAUCUCUGACGGUGCACGAGUAUUUAACUGUUGAAGAACUUUACAGCGAGAUAUUAGAAGAAGUAUUUUCAGGCUGAGACCUGCAGGUGCAUAAAGAUCUAAAAUUUGUGUUGAGUAGGCUGAUCAUCCAAAAUCUCACUCAGAUCGAGCAAAGAUGGCUUUUCGUUGGAUCGUCUUCUGUCUUUGGCCCUUGACCAUGUUUGUGGGGCAUAUAAAUGGACACAGUUUGUUUUCUUGUGAACCUAUUACCUUGAGGAUGUGCCAAGAUUUGCCUUAUAAUACUACCUUCAUGCCUAAUCUUCUGAAUCAUUAUGACCAACAAACAGCAGCUUUAGCAAUGGAGCCAUUCCAUCCUAUGGUGAAUUUGGAUUGUUCUCGAGAUUUCCGGCCAUUUCUUUGUGCACUGUAUGCCCCUAUUUGCAUGGAAUAUGGUCGUGUCACACUUCCCUGCCGAAGGCUGUGUCAGCGAGCUUACAGUGAAUGUUCAAAGCUCAUGGAGAUGUUUGGUGUUCCUUGGCCUGAAGACAUGGAAUGCAGUAGGUUUCCAGAUUGCGAUGAGCCGUAUCCUCGACUUGUGGAUCUGAAUGUAGUUGGAGAUCCAACUGAAGGAGCCCCAGUGGCAGUGCAGAGGGACUAUGGUUUUUGGUGUCCCCGAGAGUUGAAAAUUGAUCCUGAUCUUGGUUAUUCUUUUUUGCACGUGCGUGAUUGUUCACCUCCUUGUCCAAAUAUGUAUUUUAGGAGAGAAGAACUCUCAUUUGCUCGCUAUUUCAUAGGAUUGAUUUCCAUCAUUUGCCUUUCUGCCACGUUGUUUACUUUUUUAACAUUUUUGAUUGAUGUCACGAGAUUCCGUUAUCCUGAAAGGCCUAUUAUAUUUUACGCAGUCUGCUAUAUGAUGGUAUCUUUGAUUUUCUUCAUUGGAUUUUUGCUUGAGGACCGAGUAGCCUGCAAUGCAUCCAGCCCUGCACAAUAUAAAGCCUCUACAGUGACACAAGGAUCUCAUAAUAAGGCUUGCACCAUGCUUUUUAUGGUACUCUAUUUUUUCACCAUGGCUGGCAGUGUAUGGUGGGUAAUUCUUACCAUCACAUGGUUCUUAGCAGCUGUGCCAAAGUGGGGGAGUGAAGCUAUUGAGAAGAAAGCAUUGCUAUUUCACGCCAGUGCAUGGGGCAUCCCCGGAACUCUAACUAUCAUCCUUUUAGCGAUGAAUAAAAUUGAAGGUGACAACAUUAGUGGCGUGUGUUUUGUUGGCCUCUACGAUGUUGACGCACUGAGAUACUUUGUUCUUGCUCCCCUCUGCCUGUAUGUGGUAGUCGGGGUUUCUCUCCUGUUAGCCGGCAUUAUAUCACUGAACAGAGUUCGAAUUGAAAUUCCAUUAGAAAAGGAGAAUCAAGAUAAAUUAGUGAAGUUUAUGAUCCGGAUUGGUGUUUUCAGCAUUCUUUAUCUCGUACCACUCUUGGUUGUAAUUGGAUGCUACUUUUAUGAACAAGCGUACCGUGGCAUCUGGGAAACCACAUGGAUCCAAGAGCGCUGCAGGGAGUAUCACAUUCCAUGUCCAUAUCAGGUGACUCAAAUGAGUCGUCCAGACCUGAUUCUAUUCCUCAUGAAAUACCUGAUGGCUCUCAUAGUUGGCAUUCCAUCUGUAUUUUGGGUUGGAAGCAAAAAGACAUGUUUUGAAUGGGCCAGUUUCUUCCAUGGUCGUCGGAAAAAAGAGAUAGUGAAUGAGAGCCGACAGGUCCUCCAGGAACCCGAUUUUGCCCAGUCACUCCUUAGGGAUCCCAACACUCCUAUUAUAAGAAAAUCAAGAGGAACUUCCACUCAAGGAACAUCCACACAUGCCUCUUCCACUCAGCUGGCUAUGGUGGAUGAUCAGAGAAGCAAAGCAGGGAGCGUCCACAGCAAAGUGAGCAGCUACCAUGGCAGCCUGCACAGGUCGCGUGAUGGCAGGUUCACUCCCUGCAGCUACCGAGGAGUGGAGGAGAGACUACCUCACGGCAGCAUGUCCCGGCUCACAGAUCACUCCAGGCACAGCAGUUCCCAUCGGCUCAACGAACAGUCACGACACAGCAGCAUCAGAGACCUCAGUAACAACCCCAUGACUCACAUCACACACGGCACCAGCAUGAAUCGAGUUAUUGAAGAAGAUGGAACUAGCGCUUGAUUGGUCUUGUCCUCAGUGGGAAACUUGUGCUGUUUAAAAAGCAGGUUUUCUUCUUUGCCUUUGCAUGACUGAUUGCUGAAACUCAGUUGACCGCGCUGCUUUCAGUCAGGUGCAGAUUGUAUCCGUUGGAAAGGUAAAUGUUGCUUUUCUAUUGCAUCAAGCUUCAAACAUCAAAGCCUCCAAAACACAAAGAAUUAUAUAAUCCUCAGUCCUCACAAGUAAUCCUUUCUAGAUGGUGAAGAGAUAAUUAUUUGUCUGGUAAGCAUUUUUAUAAACCCACUUGAUUUUAUAUUUAGAAAAAUCCUCAAUGUGUGGUGACUGCUUUGUAGUGAACUUUCAUAUAAUAUGAACUAGUUGUGAGAUAACAUUCUGGUAGUUCUGUUAAUAACAAAAUUUCAGAAUUAAGGAAAUUUUCUAUGCAAGGUGUAUUUCUCAGAUGAAUUGUAGGACUUUGUAGUUUUAUUUCCAGGAAGUGAAGAAAAAAACUGUUUUUAAACUGUAGGAAAAUUUGAUAAAUCAGCAAGUGUAUUUUAGCUAAUAGAAUGUAAGUGCAUCAGAAGAAUCUGGUUAGUCUGUGGAAGGUUAUGUCAAAAUUCAGUCAAAAUAAACUUUACCCAGAGAUA